UCGGGGCAGGGGGUUUUGCCGCGCUGAUAAGUGUCGGGUGUAGGUCGUUUGAUCACCAUGAAAUUAUUUAGUUGUUCAACACAUACCAUACGUUUCUUACGCAAAAACUUGUGUUUAUAACUAUAUAAAAAUGUCGACAAAUUCAUUUGGAUAUCGCAGAACAAUGGAAAAUCAAAAUAGCAUUGUGCAACCACUGCUUACAGACUUAUACCAAAUUACUAUGGCUUAUGCCUAUUGGAAAUCUGGUAAAGUAGAUGAUGUUGCUGUUUUUGAUUUGUUUUUCCGAACAAAUCCGUUUCAUGGUGAAUUUACAAUUUUUGCUGGUUUGGAAGAAUGCUUAAAGUUUUUGCAUAAUUUCAAAUAUUCAGAAACAGAUAUAGACUAUCUAAAGCAGACUUUACCUGCCACAAUUGAACCAGAGUUCUUUGAAUAUUUAGAGGGAUUGACAUGUAAAGAUAUAGUUUUGAGUGCAGUAGAAGAAGGAUCCGUUGUUUUUCCGAGAGUGCCCUUGUUGAGAGUUGAAGGCCCGCUGAUAAUAGCGCAGUUACUAGAGACGAUUCUCUUGACCCUCGUCAACUUCGCAAGUCUAAUGGCGACAAAUGCGGCCAGAUACAGAAUGGUUGCAGGGAAAAGUGUUUCCUUGUUAGAGUUUGGACUACGUAGAGCUCAAGGUCCCGAUGGAGGACUGUCGGCUUCCAAGUACGCGUAUGUAGGAGGAUUCGACGGAACAAGCAAUGUAUUAGCUGGGAAAAUGUUUAAUAUUCCCGUGAAGGGAACGCACGCACAUUCGUACGUGACGUCAUUCAGCACCUUGGAUGAGAUUAAGUGCGUUACCUUGAGACACGCGGACACACAAGCCAAAUGCAACCUGCUAGAGCUGGCCUUAGAAUGGCGGACACGCCUCUCGUCUAUCCUAGACGUGUCGCCGGAAGAAGCGAGUGAUGGCGAGCUAGCCGCUCUGACGUCAUAUGCGAUCGCUUUCCCCUCUGGGUUUAUGGCGCUAGUGGACACGUACGAUGUGAAGAGGAGUGGGUUAUUGAAUUUCUGUGCUGUCGCGCUCGGGUUGAACGACUGUGGGUACAGAGCUAUCGGUAUUCGGAUAGACAGCGGUGAUUUGGCGUACUUGUCCGUACUGGCGCGGGAUACAUUCCAGCACGUGGCUGAAGCAUACCAUUUGCCGUGGUUCGCGAAGCUUACGAUCGUCGCAUCGAACGAUAUCAAUGAGGAGACGAUACUUAGUCUACAUGAGCAAGGACACUCUAUCGACUGCUUCGGCAUUGGAACGCAUUUGGUGACAUGUCAGAAACAGCCAGCUCUGGGUUGUGUGUACAAGCUUGUCGAAAUCAACGGACAACCUAGAAUAAAGCUCAGUCAUGAUGUUGGCAAAGUAACGAUUCCCGGUCACAAAGAGGCGUAUCGAUUGUUUGGCGCAGACGGGCACGCGCUUAUAGACUUGCUACAGCGAUCGUCGGAGGCCGCGCCAUCUAUCGGCCAGAAAGUCUUAUGCCGCCAUCCGUUCCAGGAGUCAAAAAGGGCCUACGUUAUUCCAAGUAGAGUUGAGAAAUUGUUUAAGGUAUACUGGAAAGAUGGUCACAUCUGCACCCCUCUCAAACCCUUGUCAGAAGUACGUGAACGAGUUCAGGCAACACUAAAGACUCUAAGACAAGACAUUAAAAGGAGUUUAAAUCCUACACCAUACAAGGUUGCAGUGAGCGACGACCUUUACGCCUUCAUCCACGACCUCUGGCUUCAGAACGCGCCAAUUGGGGAACUGUCAUGAAAGUCAAAUAAAUAGUUCUUAACACGAGAACAAACACCAAAACAUAAUGAACAACUCAUUUGAAAUGUGAUUUGUGAGUUUUGUUCAAUUUACAUAAAAAAUAUCUUUGUUUUAGCUUCUUGUUCCUUGGCUAUAUGGAUAAUAUAGUUUGAUAGAUUAGAUUAAAGUAUUUCAUAUAAUAUUAAGUCAAUAGUUAUAUUAUUUUAAAAGAACAAAUUAGUGUAAUGGAAGAUAUAUUUUAUUUUGUUACAUUUUAGUAUACAUAUUUGAGCAAGUUGGGCAUGCAAAAUAUAAUUUUAAGUGUCUGUUUACAUUUAGGUACGUGAUAAGAAUAUGUAAAUCUAAUUUACAUUUUAUGAUUACUUCUUUCCUCAUUUGUGUCUUUGAAAGAUAAUCAUCAAUUAAGUUACUUAAUUAAUUAUUAGUCAUGCAUCUUAGUCAUUCUUUGUAGAUAAAAUUGCUUCACGUGUAGAAUUAACUUUAAUUCUUUUAUCUACACCCGUGCUUUAAAUCCUCUAUAAAGGAUUCUAAAACAGUUAGCUUAUUGUCCUAAUUACUAUUACAUCAUCCAAACGAGUGUUGUAAUGAAAUUCAGUACAUUUUAUCAUCCGUUUAAAUAAAAACACUCCUUUGAAUGAUAUUAUGGUUACUAGCACUGGAUUUUUUAAUGUUAGCAGUAAGCUGUUUCAGAAUCUUUUAUAGAGGAUUCAUAUUAUGGUUGUAGAUAAAGUAUUGUAUGCAACUGUUGAUAAUGAGGUAUUAAAACACUCAUGUGAUACUAUUAUCAUUAUGAUAAACACACAUUCGUGUUUUAUACCCCUUAUUACACAACAGUUGCAUAAAUAACUAUGGUAAUAAUAUAUAAAAAUAGUGAUUAGGAAAUAUUGCUUAUAUUGUUAUAAAUUGUUAGAAUUUAUAUUGCACUAAAAUUUGUGUCUAUUAACUUGCUUUCGUACACAAUGUUUAAAUGUAAGUAACUGCUAAUUUAAUAAGGCAUAGGUUCACAUUAUAAUACGCACAAACAACAGACCAAUAUACAGCCAGUUACAGUGAGAACGAUUACUGAACGCAAAACUAGAGCUACUUAACCUUAAUCAUAAAGAAAUGUUAAAAAAACCACAAUUCACCUAGUAGCCGCGCGCUAGCGUAGGCUUGACACUACACUGACACCUACUUACCCCACGUCGCGCCGUAUCCGUUCAAAACUCGUAGGUGAAUAGCGCGAACUUAAGGGGGAUUUUUUAAACAUAUAAGUUUUUUCGAUAUUUUAAUUAUUUACUUUUUAGAUUAUUAAUAAAAAAAUGUAUUUUUUUUAUUUAGGAAGUUCAUUUGAUAUCACCGAUAUAGCGCACCACUGUAUUCUUAAUUUAAGAUAUUAGUCAAGAUGUAAAGUCACAUAAAUCUAAAAUACAUAGUUUAUAUAGUUGUUUUCCGUUGGCCAUCUUGUCAAACAAGAUGGUAAUCAAUAGCAUAGAUUCAUGGAAACAACAAAAUUGCCUGAAUUCGUUAACUUUUUUUAUGUUAUGGGACCAACUACGAAUGUAUCAAAUAUCUAAAAAUAAAGAUACAAUCAAUUAAAGUUCAUAGCAAUGCAUAAAAAAAUUAUCUAUCAGUCAAUUUUAGAAUGUAUGGGUCCUAUUGCAAAUUCUGUUAAAUCGUAAGGUUAAAUCGUCCUGUUUUGCAACUAAAAUCAAAAUAAUUAUUUAUACAAAUACUAAGAUUACAUCAUCCUGUUUUUUGCAACUAAAAUCAAAGGAAUUAUUUAUUCAAAUACUAAGAUUUCUGAUCUUCCUGUUUUGCAACUGAAAUAAAAAAAAAAAAUUAUUCAAAAUAAAUCAUCCUGUUUUGAAACUAAAGUCAAAAAAUAUAUUUAUUCAAAUACUAAGAUUAAAUCAUCUGUUUUGCAACUAAAAUCAAAAAAAAUAUUUAUUCAAAUAAUUAGAUUAAAUCAUCCUAUUUAUAACUAAAAUCUAAAAAGAAUUAUUUAUUCAAAUACUAAGAUUUAGAAGUAUUCUAAAAAAUUUCGUCAGUCAACGAUAAAGAAAUAUUCAUAUUAUAUAAUUUUAUUGUGUCAUAAUAAUAUUUGUCAUCGACAAUAGCUAAAGUAAAAUAAUCAUACUAUUUUUUUUUAUUAUUUUAGUGUUUUUUAUAUGUGUACAAAGGAGGAUGGCGAGUAUGCAUGUAUUUCGGGACCCACUGAAAGAAGUGGCGUACAUCAUGGAAACUUAUUAAUAAUUGUAGAACGUAACAAAACUAAGAAAAAAGCAAAUCGUAAGUAAGUCUAAAAAAGUGGAAAAAAAAGAUACACCUAAAAGUAAAAUAUAACCUAAAAUUAUUAAACGAUAAUUUGUAUCUUAUGUCUAUGCCUAACUGUCUGCUAAAAGAUAAAUAUAUGUAUAUAAAAUGUGGAAGGUUGGCCAGCAGUGGGAUAUUUAAGGUUAUUUGUAAAAAGUGCUAAUAAUUGAGGAUUCACAAUUCAUUAUUUUUUCAAGCAGGUAUCGAUACUUUUAAAGAAUUUACCUACUCAAUUUUAAUAUCAAAAAACGAUAAUAAUCUUAUUGAAUCUUAGUGUGAAUUACUACUGAUUUGAGUAGGUAUCGAUAGUUCGAUGGUGCCGGAAGUCGGAACAUCAAAAUUAAUAAUGACAAGGGCUGUCAUGUAGAUGUCAAUUGCGCAAAAUGUUCCGUUAGUGCAAAAUGACUUAUUUUUUAAUAAAUUAUAGUAAUUUCUUUCUUUUGACUCCCAUAUGGCACCUCAAUAUUUUUUAUAUAAAUAUCGUAUAAACUUAUGUUUAUAAUUAAUUUAAACUUGUACUUGAACGAUGCUUCCUUAAUUUUUAAAUUAUAUGGGUCAUUCUCGCCAGCCUCCUUUGUCAAAAAUAAUAAUUGAAUCAAUAAAUGUUUUUAGUGUUUGUAAGAUAAUCUAAUAUUGUUUACUUGCUUUAAUUUAUUGUUUAUAUAAUAUUUGGGGCUUAUGAGUUAUUUACGAAAAUAAGGAAUUCCAAUAAUGUGAUAGAAGGGUUAAAGGGUAUAAUUGAAUUAUUAAUAAUGAUGUCAUUGUUAUAUUUUGAAGGAUUAGGAAUUUGUUUUUUUAUUGCGAUGGUUCUAUAGUAUUUAUAAGUGUAAUGUGCAAAAAAAGUUGAAGUUAAUUAUUUUACAUACAAAAAUUGUCAAUAUCAUGUAAUAUAAUAUGGAGAUACCUAACAACUUAAGAUUUGAACUAACAUACCACAAUUUAUGAAUGGUUGUACCGGUAAUCUCAAGAAAUGUGGGAUUGUAUAUCUUGAAGGAAUUUUUUUGAGAAUUUGCUUUUGUACUCUACCAUUUUUGUUUGUUACAUUUGAAGUACAACUAGAGCUGGUCAAUAUAAUUGGCACCAUUUGUAAUGAUGAGAUAAAACCAAAGAUUGAUAACUUUAGUGGCAUCUGUUAUUUUAAAUUAUCUGAUGUUACAAACAGAUAAACAUGUAUAAAGAAGCGGAGAUUGGAUUUGUUAGAUAAAGUGUAUUGAUAAGGAUCAUAUGUUAGAUCAUUUAUACAUCUAGUAUUUUGCUGUUAGACAACCGAUAAAACAGGCCAGGUUUAAUACUAGCGUGACUAGCUACGUCUAACACUGUGUGUGCAUUCCUCAAAAUAGAGGUUAACUCUAAACUCAAUUUUUUUCGACGUAAUAAGAGCUGUCAUAGUCUAUUUAGACAUAUAAAUGAUCUAAGGAUUAUAGCAAUAAUGAUGUAAUUUCCACCUCAGCAUUAAGUACUAAACACAUUAUUGUUAUUUAGUACAUAGUUGAUGUUAUUGUUUGUUUGUUUGAUGGCAAUGGUUACAGCACAGGCCUUUUAAAAUAAAUCAGUGCCUUCAAACAGAAUUAGCGCACUUAACAUUUUUGUGCAUGGUUGUAAUAUUUAGUUGAAUAUGAAAUGAAUAAAUCUGAUUUUUUUUUGUUGAAUAAAAUUAUAAAUUUAUCAUGUAUUUUUAAAAUGAUAAAAUAUUGAUCACUGCUUGAACACAAUAAGCACAACAAUAAAAUAUAAGAUUGCAUUUGUCAGUAAUAUAUUAUCUUUUAUAAUAUAUUACCGAAACAACAUUUUUUUAACGAUUUAUUAUUUUUUUAAGACAUCGUUUAUGAAUUUUAUGGGUCACAACUGACAAGUUGAACAAAUAUACUAAGAUUUAUUAUUAUGAAUGGUGUAGAUACGGCUGGCUUCGCGGUUGCGUAACCUAUUGGUAACCACGUGUUACCGUUGGGUUAAGAACAAGAAUUUCUAUAUUUUCUGAUUUAAUUUCUAGUUUUUUGUUAUGAAACAAACAAUCUAUUGUAAAAAUGAAGUAAUAUUUUUAAUAAUUUCUAGUCUGCCUUAUUUUAUUCCAUGUCGUAACACGAGUUUCGGCUGACCACCCUACACUGCAUUCUGCAAUGAUCAAUUAAACUGAUUUUCACAAACAUUUUGUAAAAA